AUGGUCCAACAAAAAGAAACUGGCAACCCAAAAGAAGACCAACAUUACGCAAAUAAAAGAAGACCAAGAACUAAACGAUGUAGAAAUACAAAAACACAAGAAACCACCGAACCACAAGAAACUAUCAUGGUAAAACGCUUCAAGAGAAUUCAAAAGUUCGACAAGUUCAGCAAAUGCCCGGACUGUAGUAGACGCCUUCCUGGGAGGUGCCAAGACACUGUUAAAUGUGAACAGUGCAGAAUCAUGCGAAGCGACGAAUGUUCAACAGGGAUAACCACUAAAAUUAUUGUCAUGGAUGAUCAAGACAACAAACUGUCUGUAAACAUGGGCGACCAAGUCCUUGGCCAACUCGUUGACAGCAUCUUGAAUCAAGAUGAACAAACUUUAGCACAAAAGUUGCUUUUUGUUGAAAAUGUUUCUAUUACUUACAACAAAGACACUCAUUGUUUCUAA